UCCUUGACACGAGCACCAUAUAAGGCGCAGCGAUCUCCAUAGAAACGUGUCAGUUUCAAUAGUAGAGUCAAAGUUCACUAUAUACAGACAUUCGCGCAGAUCUCCGUUUCGGAAACAUUGCUCCGCUGGUACUCCCGUUAAAACGCAUUCUUUUUUGGGUCUCUGCCUCUUACAUAUUCCAUUAGGUGUUUUUUUUUUCUUUUCUUUUUUUUUCCUUCUUUUUAGCCUUGCUCUGUUCUUACUGGAGAGGUGAAACUACAUAGGCACUCGGGCGACGGUUUUUUUUUUCUUUUUCUUUUUUCUUUUGCUGGACCAGAUGAGCUUUAUUCAUGAACAUAGAUAGAGAAAUCCGUUCUUCAGUGUUUCCUCCUCUCCAGCCGCGAAUACGGAGAGAGGAGCAAGGAAGAAAAAAGAGGGGAAUUUAUUUUGCACAGCACUUUGGAUCUUCGGUCCACCAGACAGCUAUUAUUUUUGCUUCAACGUGAAGAUUUUUAUUACGGUAUUUUUUAGGAAAACCGAUUUUUUUAUUAUUACGUCUGGGAUCGCUUUCUCUCUACACGACUGGGUUCCCGAAUGGCUGACUGCAAUUUACCUUGGAACUGGCCUCCCGACAAUUGCAUAUCCUGAUCGGGUGCCUUUCUAUCGACUCUGGUAUUUUGAAUGUAUUGAUCAUUUUCUGCUUCUACCUUUUUUCCUAUGAGAUUGAGUGCUCCGAUCUGAAUUCGCGCUGCCGUUCUCUUAAGACUUCCCGUUUCCCAGCUCCGAUAUCCGAGCGACCAGUUCGCUUGAAAGCACUUUUCGGGCCCGAGAUAUGGCAAUGGUAGUUAGCGUCUGGCGAGAUCCGCAGGAAGACGUGGCCGGAGGACCUCCGAGCGGCCCCAAUCCAGCAGCUCAGCCGGCGAGGGAGCAACAGCAGGCGGCGUCAGCGGCACCACACACUCCGCAGACCCCCAGUCAGCCAGGACCCCCGUCCACACCAGGGACGGCUGGCGAAAAGGGCAGCCAGAAUUCUGGACAGAGUCAGCAGCAUAUAGAAUGUGUUGUUUGCGGGGACAAAUCGAGCGGCAAGCACUAUGGUCAAUUCACCUGCGAAGGAUGCAAAAGUUUCUUCAAGAGGAGUGUCCGAAGGAACUUAACAUAUACAUGUCGUGCCAACAGGAACUGUCCUAUUGACCAGCACCAUCGUAAUCAGUGCCAAUAUUGUCGGCUGAAGAAGUGUUUAAAAGUGGGCAUGCGGCGGGAAGCGGUUCAGCGAGGAAGAAUGCCUCCAACCCAACCGAACCCGGGCCAGUACGCGCUAACGAACGGGGAUCCUCUGAACGGUCAUUGCUAUCUCUCCGGAUACAUCUCGUUACUACUUCGGGCCGAGCCUUAUCCUACGUCUCGCUAUGGCAGUCAGUGUAUGCAGCCCAAUAAUAUUAUGGGGAUCGAGAACAUCUGUGAGCUUGCAGCUCGCCUGCUCUUCAGUGCUGUGGAAUGGGCGAGGAACAUCCCUUUCUUUCCCGACCUGCAGAUCACCGACCAGGUGUCCUUGCUCAGACUGACAUGGAGCGAAUUAUUUGUGCUAAACGCGGCUCAAUGCUCCAUGCCCCUACAUGUGGCCCCACUGCUCGCUGCCGCCGGCCUGCACGCAUCGCCUAUGUCGGCGGACCGCGUCGUGGCCUUCAUGGAUCACAUUCGUAUCUUCCAGGAGCAGGUCGAGAAGCUCAAAGCACUGCACGUCGAUUCUGCAGAAUACAGCUGCAUUAAGGCAAUAGUGCUCUUCACAUCAGACGCUUGCGGCCUGUCAGAUGCUGCACACAUCGAGAGCCUGCAGGAGAAGUCUCAGUGCGCCCUGGAGGAGUACGUGAGGAGCCAGUACCCGAACCAGCCCAGUCGCUUUGGCAAGCUUUUACUGCGACUGCCUUCUCUCCGCACUGUCUCUUCGUCAGUAAUUGAACAGCUGUUCUUCGUUCGCUUGGUAGGUAAAACUCCCAUUGAAACCCUCAUCAGGGAUAUGUUAUUAUCCGGGAGCAGCUUCAACUGGCCCUACAUGUCCAUUCAAUGAUCCGAAUGAGCGAGUGAAACAAAAAGACUAAAGGACCAAAAUUCUGCAAGCCCUUUCAAGAAGACUAUAUAUAUAGGACCUAAUUUCUGACCACUUUAGGAAGACACUCUUUUUUUUUGUCUUCUGGGACCGAAAUGGAAUAUGUAAUGUACAAAGAUUAAAGAACUGGACGUACCCCCGUGUAAAUCCAUCGCCGUCAUCAAGAACACUCUCCAUUUUGUAAAACACUAGUCUUUAUUUUCAUUUUUUUCUUAUCUUUUUUUUUUUUUUUUUUUUUUUUUUUUUUUUUGUAAAGAACAAAAUG